UUGCAGAUCCCAAUCUGUACGGCUGCCACACCAACGUGACCAUGUGCGGGGAUGAGGCCAAGUGCAUCCAGUCCCAGACGACCGUCUACUGCACCUGCCGCAGCGGCUUCCAGAAAGCACCUGACAAAAACACCUGCCAAGACAUCAACGAGUGCUCGACGUUCGGGACCUGCUCCCAGAUCUGCAACAACACCAAGGGGUCCCACGUCUGCAGCUGCGCCCGCAACUUCAUGAAGACCCAUCACACGUGCAAGGCGGAAGGCUCGGAGCAGCAGAUCCUGUACAUCGCCGACGACAACAAGAUCCGCAGCAUGUACCCCUUCAACCCCAACUCGGCCUACGAGCCGGCCUUUCAGGGCGACGAGAACGUGCGCAUCGACGCCAUGGACAUCUACGUCAAGGGCAACAAAAUCUACUGGACCAACUGGCACACGGGCAAGAUCUCCUACCGCGAGCUGCCGUCGUCCGCCGCCUCCACCGCCUCCAACCGCAACCGCCGGCAGCUGGACGGGGGCGUCACCCACCUCAAUAUCUCGGGGCUCAAGAUGCCGCGGGGCAUCGCCGUGGACUGGGUGGCCGGGAACGUCUACUGGACGGACUCCGGGCGCGACGUCAUCGAGGUGGCGCAGAUGAAGGGCUACAACCGCAAGACACUGAUCUCGGGCAUGAUCGACGAGCCCCACGCCAUCGUGGUCGACCCGCUCCGAGGGUACGAGACGUCCCUGCCCUGUCCAGACCCCCUGUCCCACCCCCUGCGCUCCCCCCAUAUCCAGAACCGGCGUCCCACACCCUGCCCCCCCAUCCGGCCCCCGCGCCCCACUCCGUCCCACCCCCUGCGCUCCCCCCCCCGCU